AUGGCUGUGGUGGAAUGGGCGUUUGGAGUCACAAACAUUAAGACGCACAUUCCGUUUGUGCUUGACCUUGACGUCUUCAAUUAUGAUACUUGGCAUGAGUUAUUCUUGACGCAUUGUUUAGCCUUCGAUGUCCUUGGACAAGUCGACGGUAUGUCCAAUCCUACUGGUGCUGAUGAUACACCAUGGAAGAAGAAGGAUGGACUGGUGAAGCUCUGGAUCUACGGGACUCUAGCGCCACCGCUGUUCAAGACCUGUUUCAAAACAGGAGGUGCAGCAUUGGAUAUUUGGCUUCGUAUCGAAAACCAGUUUCGAAACAACAAAGAAGCCCGAGCUAUUCAGCUCGAUAACUAUCUUUGCACAAAGGAGAUCGGUGAUAUGUCGAUACAUGACUACUCCCUGAGUCUAAAAGCCAUCGCUGACCUGUUCGAAAACGUUGAAGCGCCUGUCAGUGACAAGACUCUGGUGAUGUAUAUGCUCAACGGUCUCAACGAGCGCUUUGAUCACAUCAUUAACGUGAUUAAACACCAGAAACCGUUCCCAACGUUUGACGAAGCUCGAAACAUGUUGGAGAUGGAGAAAACUCGCCUCAAGAAACUGCACAAGGGUACCGUUGUUCACUCAGACAAUUCAUCCUCCUCAACUGCGCUGGUUUCAACACAUUCCGAAGGCAAACCAGGAAAUCAGCAACUAACCAGUCUCGUAAUAACAGAGGAAAUAAACGAGGAUGACGUGGACGUGGGCGCUACAACAACAACUACAACCGUCAGCCUUACAACAAUUGGGGAAUGCCUAUGCCUUUCUGGCCUGGUCAAUACAACUGGCAGAAUGGAUCUCAAGCGCCUUGGAUGA